GGGAGGAGGUGAAUUCAAACAAGGCAGGUAGUGUUUGUGUGUUGUCCUUACUGUCAGCGUAUCAAAAUCUCCGCAGAGAAGAAAAUACCCGCCGUGGACUUUCCGGCAUCGAUAUAUACGCAGAGAGAGCGGGAGGGGAGCCAUGGCUAUUCUGUAUGCGUUGGUGGCGCGAGGGACGGUGGUCCUUGCGGAGUUCAGUGCAGUCACCGGGAACACGGGGGCAGUGGCUCGCCGGAUUCUCGAGAAGCUUCCGUCGGAAGGGGACUCCAGGCUCUGCUUCUCCCAGGAUCGCUACAUCUUCCACAUCCUCAGAUCCGAUGGCCUGUCAUUCCUCUGCAUGUCAAACGACACAUUCGGCAGGAGAAUUCCAUUUUCAUACUUGGAGGAUAUUCAUAUGAGGUUCAUGAAAAACUAUGGCCGCGUGGCCCAUUAUGCUCCUGCUUACGCAAUGAACGAUGAGUUCUCCAGGGUAUUACAUCAGCAAAUGGAAUUUUUCUCUAGCAAUCCUAGUGCUGAUACUCUUAAUCGUGUGAAAGGAGAAGUUGGGGAGAUACGCACAAUUAUGGUUGACAACAUUGAGAAAAUACUGGAGAGAGGUGAUAGGAUUGAGCUUCUUGUUGACAAAACGGCAACUAUGCAAGAUGGCGCAUUUCACUUCAGAAAGCAGUCUAAGCGGCUUCGCCGAGCUCUAUGGAUGAAAAAUGCAAAGCUUUUGUGAGUACCUUGAUGUUUCUUGUACCACUCUCAAACUUAAGCUAUUUACACCCAAGAAAUUUUAGUAAUCUCUUCUGAUUCUGAGGAACAAAUAAUAUCCUCUCUAAAAAACUACAAACCAAACCUCUUGAGUUUUAUAACCAAUUCUAUUUGUUUUCCUGUCAAUUCUAGUUUUUAUUACUUUCAUAUGUUUCUAUUUGAUAGUUCACUGUACCUGCCAGCAAACUUGUGUUAGUUAUCAUACUAUUUUUAGGAUAAAAGCCUACUGUUUGAUAUUUUUAACAUGGUGUUCUUUGUGGUUUUUGUAUGUGAAUAUUUAUGCCAUAACUCUAUACAGAUGCAGUAAGGUCUUUUGAAGACAUACAUCCAUGGUCUCACCUGCACAUCAAUGCUACUGUUAUAACUAAAAUUGCUCUAUAUUUAUGGUCUCAAUUGCUAUUAGAUUGAUGUUUUUAUCUAUUAGCUAUUGUGCUGGAUUUCUAGGUUCUGGUCUAGAGAUUUCCUUAUAUUUAAGUUAGUAGAUAAGAGGAUUUCCUUUUUAGGUUGAUGUAGGGCAAAAAUAACUGGAAGGAAGAGUAGAUAUUUAUUAAAGAGCUAGGUUAUGCUUAGAGAAGCAAUUACGUUUGUGAUAAAAGUGCUUACUAUAGGAAUUCUACCACUGGUAGAAUCUCCUCCUCCGGUGUCCUGGGACUGGAAGGUCUGAAAUUCAGCUCUCAAUCCUCUUUUUUUCUAAAAAAGGAAGGUAAAUUGUCAAAAAAUAAACAUGAGUUUAUCUUCUACUGAUAUACAUACAUAUGUGAGGACAAACAGGUGAUUGGAUAUAUCAAAACAUAAACACUUUAAGCACACCCACAAAGUCAAGAUAGAGGUAGUGAUUCUUUCUGUCUAAAAGGUGGUUAUAAGCACCAAACAUGUAGUCAUUUUUAGUUUAAAUAAAAUGUGGAAUGUGUUUAUUAGGUGGUUUAAGAGUAGCUUGAGAUCAAUCCCAAACAGUCUUUAAGCCUUCUACCACAAC